AUGCCCAACUCGGCGCUGCUCGAGCAGAUUCUGGAGGCGGACGGCUCGGCGCCGGGUCGGACGCCCGGAUCGGCCGGCCCACAGAGCCUGACGUACUCUCUGGACGAGGCCAUCGACUGGGUCGGGUUCGGCCGGCUGCAGCUGCAGCUGGGCGUGCUGCUCGGCCUCAGCUGGCUCUCGGAGAGUAUGGAGGUGAUGCUGCUGUCGCUGCUGUCGCCGGCGCUGCUCUGCGACUGGCGCAUCUCGCCCUGGCGACAGGCCACCGUCUCCACGGCAGUGUUUGUCGGUAUGACGUGCGGCCAGCUGUACUGGGGCCGUUUCGCCGACAGACACGGACGGAAACCGACUAUGCUUGUAUCUGGCUUCUUUCUCGCCUAUUUUGGAUUUUUAUCGUCAUUUGCUCCGACAUUCAUUUGGAUCACUAUUCUCCGUUGUCUGGUCGGCUUUUUCAUCGGUUCCGUUCAGCAAGUGGUUACAUUGUUCACCGAGUUUCUCCCAACAAAUCAGCGAGGAAAAAGUCUGAUCAUUAUUCAGCUCUUCUGGACCAGCGGCGCCAUCCUGGAGGUACUGCUCGCGAUGGUCGUGGUGCCCACUCUCGGCUGGCGCUGGCUGCUGGCCACCUCCAGCAUCCCACUGGUGCUGUUCGCCCUUCUGUCGCCGCUGCUGGUGGAGAGUCCCCGGUACCACGCCGCGUGCGGCCGGCCCGAGCUCGCCCAGGCCACCAUGGACCUGCUGGCGGCCAAGAACGGACGAGCGCUGCCUCCGGGCCACCUCGAGACCAGCAGCGCAAAUGACGAGAGUCGCGGCCACUUCCCCGACCUGCUAUCGCGUCAGAAUCGCCGCACCAGCGUCCUCCUAUGGACACUAUGGAUGAUGGUCACGUUUUGCUACUAUGGAAUCAUAAUGCUAGCCACAGAGCUUCUGAAGAUGCCCGAGGAUCAGAUGUGUUCAGCUAUUGAUGAACCACAGCAGGAGCGGGUGUGUCAAGCUCACUGCACAACACUCACCAAGGCAGACUACCUCGACGUGUUGUGGACUGCGCUCUCAGAAUUGCCAGGAUUGCUGCUCACCGUGCUGCUGGUCGACAAGAUCGGCAGAAAGAAAACAAUCGCCGGGGGACUGCUCAUCUUCAUCCUGUCGCUCUCUGUUCCACUAUUCUGCAUCCAUAGUCGUAUGCUGCUGACGGCUUCCCUUGGUGUGGGCCGUGCCGCGAUUGCGUCCGUUUUCCUGGGUCUCACCAUUUACACACCAGAGGUUUAUCCCACGCACCUGCGCGCCACAGGCAACGGCACGUGUGGCGCCUUUGGAAGGAUUGGGGCCAUCACCACCCCACUGAUAGCCCAGGUGCUAAUCCACAGCUCGGUGCGCCACACGGCCGCGGUAUAUGCCUCCUCGGCCGCGCUGGGGAUAGCCGCCACACUGCUGCUGCCGUAUGAGACGGCCGGCCGCGCCAUGGUGCGGUAG